AUGUCAUCGAGAAAAUUGACCAUAUUGUUUGCUCCAAUGCACUACGUGGGAGCCGUAAACUCCAACGUGGGUAUGGCUGAAGUGCUCCGGGAGUCCGGCCAUCGUAUAGUGUUUGCCAUAAGCCAUGACUGGAGGGUACGACUCGAGUCCAUGGGCUUUGAGGUGCGAGUAAUGGGUAACACAACGGUUACUGCGGGCCAGCAAUCCAUGGACUCUAUGGACAGUAACGCCGAGUCGGCCGCCUCUAACGGCAUACUCGACGACAGGACACCUCUGGAAAAGGCCCAACGGGUGAUCACAAAAGUAUUGUCCGAUAAGAUUACCCUGGUUGAAACUGAAAAUGACCCACAUUAUCGCGAGAUUAUUAAGUCGGUGGCGCCUGAUGUUAUUAUCACCGAUCAUAUGAUGACUGUGCCGGCGAUCGUAACCUCCGGCAUACCCUGGGUGUUCAGUUGGAGCAAUAGCCCACUGUCGCUGGAUUGGGUCGUUGACUGUCCACAUGUGCCCCCAUCCGCCCUAGGUUUGCCAAUAAAUAGCGACAGAAAACUGUGGGACAAAUAUCGGGCAAUAAUUAACGAAUGUAAAGCCAAGUCGUGGCCGCAAUACAGAGACUGGAUGGUAGGGUUGGGCUGUCCGGCCCCCGAACCCUACCAGAUGUGGCUGCCCUCGCCUUACGCCACCUUUUAUAUGACACCUAAAGAGCUGGACUACACCGACAGGCGUCCACUGCCCGACACUUACCACGGGUUUGACUGUUUCAAGAGGUCCGGUGCCGACGAACCGCCCUUUGAAGUGCCCGAUCAGCUCAGGGAGAGGUCCGGAGGGUUGAUGUACCUGUCGUUGGGCUCUAUGGGCAGCUUUAAUACUGAGCUGAUGGCCCGGUUGGUGGGUAUUUUGGCUAAGUCUAGGCACAGGUUUAUUGUGUCCAAAGGUGUACAUCACGAUCAGUAUGAGUUGCCGGGCGUUAAUAUGUGGGGCCAGAGGUCUGUGCCGCAGAUCCGAGUGCUCCAGACGGUGGAUGCGGUCAUAACGCAUGGCGGGAAUAAUACGUUUGAUAACGCACAGAGGGUUCACGAGUUGGGUUAUGGGGUAAGGCUUGACCCCUACCAGUGCUCAGAUAGGGAUCUGUUAGAUGCGGUCGACAGAGUGCUGUCCGAUAGAGGGAUGAGUGAAAAGUGUCGAAAGGCAUCAAAACGUAUUCAAAGAGAUAGAAUGUUGAAAGCAUUGAGCAAUUUAUGUGCCGCACGUUUUGCACGAUCUGUCGUACGUCCGACCAAUACGUUAGCGGCGAUCGGCAUAAGUGGCGCCUCCGAGCCGUCGUAUUCACCCGACUGGCCAUGGCCUACAGCGCACGGAUUGAUCAUGUUGAUUGUGUGGAAUGUGACAGCUUUGACCACCAUGUACACCGGUUUGGGCAUGGUCAUGUUUGGUUUUAGCAUGUGGUACGGCUCGGCUGCUUAUUUUAAAUACAAGUUCAACGAGAUUACAGUCGAUAUACUUUCGGCCAUUAUGGCGGGUAAUGUGCGCCACGUAUUGGCCAUAACUCAUGAGCACAGCUAUUGGGAGAGACAGGUCCGGGAGGCGGACCACUGGUACCGGUGCCUCGUAUUUGUUAUCUAUUUCGUGGGCACAGUUGGCCUAUUGUUAACAUUGUACGGCACAUAUCAUGAA